UACAGGAGAUGACCAGAGACUGCGGACAUACUACAGUACAGAGAUGACCAGAGACUGCGGACAUACUACAGGAGAUGACCAGAGACUGCGGACAUAGUACAGGAGAUGACCAGAGACUACGGACAACAGUACAGGGGAUGGCCAGAGACUGCAGACACGGUGCAGGAAAUGACCAGAGACUGCGGACACGGUACAGGAGAUGACCAGAGACUGCGGACAUAGUACAGGAGAUGACCAGAGACUGCGGACACGGUGCAGGAAUGACCGGAGACUGCGGACACGUGCAGGGGCUGACAAGAACUGCGGACAGUGCAGG